AUUGCUUUUUCAAUCACAUGGAAAAUAGACCUUUUAGAGCCACUGCUUUUAUACUUUGAGCUAAACAAGUUUUAUGAUAUUUAUAAACUUAAAAGAACCCAUUCAAAAUCCAACGUUAAAACUAAAAGCUUACAGAAAAACCAUGUCUGAGAUAUUAGAAGAUUUGAAGGAAAGUGAGGAAACAGGUGAUGAAGACACCAUUCUCGUUGGAAACCCGCGAGAUGAGGAGAGUCCUGGUGAGGAAACCCCUUGUGAGGAGCUGCGAGAAAGCGAUCGCGGAUUGAUGAACAUCGGCGAAAGCACCGAGCUUACUGAAAGCACUGAAAGCAGCGAUUUCUUUUACAAAUCGAUGGAUAUGCCACUCGAAAGAACUUUUCCCCUGGGAAAACCCCAUGACCUUCGAGUGGGAAACUUUGAAGAAGUGUUGGAUCUCAUUGGGACCAGCGACACGAAUAUAGGUCUUCGGCAAGUACCAAAAAUAUCAAUUGAUAAGAUGGCGCAAAAUUUGGACCCAGAGAAUACCAUUGGUCAGAAAUUAGAUGGUCGCUGGCAUGAUUCUUUGGGUCCGGAGCGUGUACUGAUCGCCGAGCAGCUGCUGAUAUCUUUCCAGAAGAACUUAAGCCCCACUUUGAUUGUGGUUGUCGAGGAGCAUCAAUUCCAUUGCCAUGCUAUGGUGCUGCAAGUGCUCUCAAGCUUUUUCCGUCGACCGAAACUCGCCCGAUCGCAAGUCUUCCAGCUGCCCAGUUCGAUGGUCAGCGCCCGGGCCUUUGUGACCAUGUAUCGUUGGGCUCUGGAGGAGUCCAAUCGGAUGGGCCCCGGUCUCCUGAUGCAGGUUUUCAGGGCAGCGCGGUUCUUCGGGUGCCAGGAACUCAUCGGCAACUGUUGGCGGGGCAUCGAUCAGGGUUCUCUGGUUCCGGAUCGUGCCCUAUCCUUGUACAUCUGCAGCAGGGUGAUGGGUCUGCGUCUGGAGGAGGGUCUGCUGUCCCGUUUGGGCAGCAACUUUCUGCAGUUCAUCGCCAGCAAGGAGUUUCUGUCUGUGGAAGCGGGCACAGUGAGGAGAUUACUGGGAUUGUCUUCACUGGCUGUGAAUUCGGAAAUGGAGGUUUAUCUAGCCGCCAUCAUUUGGCUGGAUCAUAAGUGGCCCCAACGCAAGCACUUUGCCUUGAACAUGAUGCAAGCCGUACGCUUUGAUCUAUUGCCAUUCAUGUUCCUGCUGACUCUGGUGAAACGAGUGAAGGAUGGUCCGCCAGUUAUGCGUAUGUUGGCCAAUACUCGGAUGAUUCGUAAGCGGGCACUCAAGGCCUUGGAUGAUGUGAAGGAAUCGAAGUCUAGGUAUCAAGGACGAUGCGGAAAUGGAACCCGCACCUGGAUCUACGACCGCCGGGCGCCCCAUCAUCAUGGGUCCGACUGCCGGCGGGCCCAUUACGUCGACUAUAACUCCUUUGUGCGCUAUGUCACUUGGCUGCAGACUGCCGGAGCGAAGCACUGGCUCACUCUACGCAUGAUCGACGAUCCCGAUGUCAGGUGCUGCCCUCUCCACCGUCGCCGUUGAUCAUUGUGUAAUCUAGCAAGUACAAAUUCUAGUGACUCGUAAUAAAAUCCGACUAAUUAUAAAAGUAAGAUUAGUCUGGCAACA